AUGCCGUCAGAUGAUAGACUCAGAAAGUUACAAGUUAUUUGUGCAAGCUUCUGGUGCUUACUCUCAGCUGGGAUUAUAUUUGGGUUUGCUGCAUUCAAAAUCGUCUUGAUAGAAGAAGGUGUCUACUCAGAUCUGUGCAGUGACCCCCAUGUCCCUGGAGAAAAAGCUUGCGUCAAACAAGACCUGAAACUAAACUAUAUGUUUACUGUCAGUGCCGGGUUGACCAAUGUUAUGGCUUUACCUGUGGGCUACAUACUAGAUCACUACGGCCCUAGAAUUUCAGGGUUUAUAGGGUCCAUUGGCAUAUCCAUGGGGGCUCUUUUCUUCAUCUUUGCGAAAAGACUUUAUCCAGUUAUUGACCCGUAUCUCAUUGGGUACAUGUUUCUUGCCGCAGGCGGUCCUUUUGUUUUCAUAUCGUGCUUCCAAUUGGCGAACAGUUUCCCAGCCAAAUCGGGGGCUAUCUUGGCCGUAUUAACAGGUGCAUUCGAUACCUCAUCCGCACUAUUUCUAGGUUACAGACUGUUUUACCAAAAGAUCAGCACCAGCUUAACGUUGGGUAAGUUUUUCACACUGUAUUUGACUGUCCCAGCCUUUAUUUUCAUAUGCCAGUGCACUAUCAUGCCCAGCUCAUCGUAUAAAUCCGUAGCCGCAGUGGCAAGAACAGCGGUAGAAGGAUUGAAUGAGGAGGGCCAGUUCAUUGACGGGAAUCGUGAUGCUGCCAUUCUACCAGACGACGAAGAGGAGAGACAAUUUCUUCUUGCUUCUAACAGCAGAGGGGAGCGCCGGAUUUCAGUGAGCGGUAGAAGGGUCUCAGUUUUGGAGGCGUAUGCGGAGGGGAGACUGGAGGAGAAAUCUGGUGGGUUGUUCGGCAUUCUACACGACCAACCAGCUCUGACUCAAAUCAAAACGCCAUGGUUUUACUUAAUGCUUAUAUUUGCCGCGUUAGCGAUGCUGAGGGUCAACUACUUCAUUGCUACCAUCAGAACACAAGAGGAGUAUCUACUUGGUGAUAUUAAAGCCGCCAUUAGAAUAAACGGGAUUUUUGAUAUACUGCUACCUCUUGGAGGGGUCAUAUCCAUCCCUUUUAUUGGAAUCAUAUUAGAUCAUUUCCAGUCCCUGACGACAUUAGCAUUACUGGCCAAUCUAUCUGUUGUAAUCGGUCUUUUCGGUCUUGUUAAGCAUUCAUUCCUGGCCAACCUAAUUGGGAUUGUCCUGUUUGUGGUUUAUAGACCGUUUUACUAUACGGUUGUUUCCGAUUACUGCUCGAAAGUCUUUGGGUUCCAAACGUUCGGAACAAUAUAUGGUCUUUUGACAUGCCUUUGUGGUAUAUUCAAUCUGGCACAAAGCAAACUCGACGCCUACACCCAUACUACAUUCAAAAUGAAUCCGGGCCCAAUCAACGCCAUCUUGGUCACUUUAACGAUAAUCUCUACAGCAUCUUUGAUCCAGUACAUCAGAAUCCAGCUGAGGUUGAGACAACAUGGGAACACUAACUAA